AUGUCUACACCCGAAGACCUCCAGGAUCUGCAGCUACUUCACACCCACUUGUGGGGUCGAGAUAGAGUCGAAGUCCACAGUGACAUAGCUGGAAAGAGAUGGUCUACUAUCAACCUCACGCUUUUCCGCCUCGAACUAAAUCCCCGUCCUGAGGACCUGCUCCUGGUCCGCGAGGAGUACGUCCAUGCUUACGACACCAUUCUCAUGGAUACGGAGAGACAGCCGCCGGGACAUCGAUCUGCCUUCCUAGUCACAGGUCAACCAGGAAUCGGGAAAACCCUGUUCUUGUUAUACGUUUUGGCCCGUCGACUCCAGGAGAAGGAACCGGUCGCUCUCCAAAUCAACUCGAGUGAAUAUGCCCUCUUCUGCGAGCAGGGUGUUAGUAUACAUUCAUCGGAAUCUGGCCGUGUUCCAACCGGCGCAUGGGCGUUGUCCGAUUCGUCCGAUGGGCACCGUGGGCUUUGCAGCGCCUUCCAAAAGCCAUUUGCCCAUGUCAUACAUACGAGCUCGCCGGCUUCUUCUCGUUGGAAGGAUUGGGUAAAACGCCUCGGUGCUAUCAAGUACAUCAUGGACGUGUGGUUGCCGGAGGAAUUUCGAACGUUGCUCAUUAUGUUCAAACUCGAUGUGCUGCAGGGUAAGGCCCUCUUCGAUAAAUAUGGGCCGAGCCCCAGGAUUAUCAUCGACAUUCUCCGAAAAAGAACGCCGGAAAACGGUUACCUUCAGGAUAUCAAAACAGCAGCCGCCACAUUUGCGCGCCAGUUCUUGGUAAUGUUUCCCAAUAUCGAAAGCCUUGAUUUCAGUGGCGAUGUUUCGUCCAAGAUAUUCACUGUCAGACCCAACAACAACGAUCGGCGACUGGCUGCUCUGUCCAUCCCUACGCCGCUUAUCGCCAGUGCCCUCGGGGUGGCUUUUUCUUCUCAGGACCAAGCCACACGACACACCUUCUUCAACAUGCUCAAUGGACAUCCAUCUCUUCGCGGUGCCGCCGGAUGGCUCUUCGAGAGUUAUGCCCAUGUCUACUUCUCUGACCCAACUCGUGGCACGCUUAAAGUGUAUUGCGCCGAUCAAAAAUUAGCCCCGCUCUCCAUCCCUUACGCCGCCAGGAUGAUAGCAGGGUCGACCGCACUGAAGAAUAUCCAGCCACCCCACAAUUUCUAUUGGCGACCUCGAGAAACCAACUACCCUGGUGUUGAUGCUGUAAUUCGUGUUGACAACGAUGUUUACGCCCUGCAGUUUACGAUAAGCAGCACUCAUAGGUCUGCGGCAGACGGCCUCAAGAAGGUUCACAAGGAUAUGAAUCACAUAUCAAAUGUCACGUGGCACUUGGUUAUGGUAGGGUCAGAACAGCGCAAUGCAGAAUCUGUCCGCGAUAGGCAGAAGCUGACAGAUGGUUGGGAGGUAACGCAGGUUUAUGCGUGUGAGCUGCCUCUUGGUAAGCUCACUCAACGGGUGCAAGAGAAGCUUCAGAAUGUUUUCGACGAGUCCAGUGAGGAUUACCGAAGAGCGAACUCAGAUCUGGCAAUGGUCUAG